ACACCAGCACAGGUGCCGGCUUCAUGAGAGGCUGCGGCUGGACCAGAUGUACUGCCCAUGGCUUCUGUUGUGGGCACCCGUACCUGGACGAGGAGAACACGAUGGUGCCCAGAAGCUUGGACAUGCCAGGAACCACAGAUCCCCCAAAGAGGGUGUGAUAGACCUGGCUUGGGGAGCCCCUAGGUCUGGGCUCUCAAAGGGCCACAGCUCUUCUCUCCUUGUCACCCACAACUUGAUGAGUGGGGUGGGUGGGUGUGUUUCAACCUCAUUUGUGAUACAGCUGUUUUUCUCGGUCCCAAGUUCUUGUCCCGCAUCCAGGAAGAAUGAGGUACAUGGACAACUGGAAGGUGAGCAAGUUGAAAGGAGUUUCAUUGAGUGACAGAAUGUUUUCAGGAGACCUGAAGUGGGGUAGCUCCUUUCCACAGGCAGGUCAUCCUGUCAAGUCUGCAGCUGUCAGUGGAGAGGAGACCCAGACUGGGUAGCUCCUAUUUGUAGGCAGGUCAUUCCAUCAUCUCUGCAGCUGUCAGUACAGAGGAGACCCAGAGUGGGUAGCUCCUAUCCACAGGCAGGUUGUUCCAAUAUCUCUACAGCCCUCAGUGGAGAAGAAACCUAGAAUGGGUAGCUCCUAUUCACAGGCAGGUUAUCCCAAUGUCUCUACAGCCCUCAGUGGAGAGGAGACCCAGAGUGGUCCAUGGGUGGGCCCAGAAAAAGCACUGUAAGUUCUCAUUCCAGUCUGCAGAACUGGCAGCCUGGCCCCAAGGCUUCAGGCUAUCCCUGGCUUGAAAGUGGGGCUUCACCAGUGACCCAUCCCUUUCCACCCAGGAGCCUGUCUGCCCCCUGCCACCAGUUAUAUGUCAUCCGUGGUGCCCAGGCUGUUCAUGCUGAGGGGCACCUGCAGGUCUGCACCAAACCCCCCUCAGCUUCCCCUCGGCCUUUCUCCCAUGCUCGUUGGUGCCCAAAGCUUGGAGGGGGCCGAGGUGGCAGGGGGUUGGUGUAUCAGCACCACCCCAAGUGCGUUCACACCAGGCUGGGUCAUGACAGCACCCAGGCUCGGCCACAGCUUUGCCCCGAAAUUGGAGCAGGGAGAGCCCAUACGGUGGGAGCAGGCACUUCUGAGCCUGUGGGGGCAAGAGGGCUUCCCAGGCCCCCAAGAAUGUAGGGAUGCUUGGGUCUGCAGCAGCAGCCAGGUGGCUGCUGCUGUGCCUGGGAGGGUGGGGCUCCAGCCCCUCCGUCUCAGAAAGGGGUGGGGCUCCCACCUGCUCUGCGGAGCAUGCAGCCUUGACUGCACCUCCCCCACUGCAGCCGGUGUUACGCAGCAGCCGCUCCAGAUGGGCCACUGCUGCCAUCAGUACCACAAACUGGGUGGCUUAAACAACAGAAGUUCAUUGUCUUACGGUCUGGAGGCUAGAAGUCCCAAAUCACUUGUCAGCAGAGUGGAUUUCCUCCAGGGCUGUGAAGAAGAGUGUUCCAUGCCUCUUCCCUAGCUUCUGGUGGUUUGCUGGCAGUCUUUGGUGUUCCUUAGUUUGUGUACGCAUUAACCCAAUUACUGCCUUCAUCUUCACAUGGCUUUCUGUCUGUCUUCUUCAUGUGGUCUUCUCUCUGUGCAUGUCUAUCUCCGUGCCCAAAUUCCCCUUCUUAUAAGGACACCAGUCAUAUCAAAUUAGAGCCCAACCUAAUGACCUCCUUUUUACUUGAUUACCUCUGUAAAUAUCCUAUUAUUAUUAUU